AAUGGAUUUUCUGGUCUGGGGCCCGCGUCUUCACCACAACAACAGCAGCAGCAGCAACAUCAACAACAGCAGAAGCAGCAGCAGCAAAUGCUGGCCGCCCAGCUCGCGCAGAACGCAAAUAACCAGCAGUUGCUCAACAACGUGGCUGCAGCCGCCGCUGCCGCGAAUGGAUCGGGCCAAAAUACGAACCAAACACUUCCACGCCCGCAGCAGCCCAACCUCAACCAAAUGCAGUUUAUGCGCAUCCGACAGGCGAUGCAGCAGCAGGUUCAGCAACAGCAGCAGCAGCAGCAGGCUCAACAACAGCAGCAAGCGAUGAGCGGAGGCGUGCAGCGCAUAUUCUCGAUGCCACCUGCGUCCCAGCCUGCGUCGAGCCCGGUUAUGAUGAACCUGAGCGGAUCUCCGGCCAUGUCAGCGGCAGUGCAGGGCCCAGGGUCUCCAGCGAUGAGUGCGCCGGCGCUCAACAAUGGUAUUGUAGGCAACCACAGCUUCCCCCUGAAUGUCCAGAUGGGGACGCCUCAGCAGGCUAUGAGCAUGCAGCCAAUAGGUGUCCAGCAUGCAAAUAUGAGCCCGUCAAUGACUCAGCAGGCUGUGAUGUCGCCUUCCAUGGGGUUGCAGGCCCACCCGCAGAGAUCGCCGCUCACUCCGCAAAUGAUGCAGUCGCAGCAAAGGCCGCCGGUGACACCCCAGACGUCACAGCAGCUUUUGCAGCAGAGCCCCUCACACAUCCCGACGCCCUUGGCUCCGCCGGGGAUGCAGCCACAGCAGCAAGCCAUGAUGCUGGCAGCCGCAGCAGCAGCCGGGCUGAGCCCCUCUGACGCUCAGGCACUGCUAGCGCAGAUUGCAGCCAAUGCCGAUGCCACCCAGCAGCACAACCAGCACCUACAGUCGCUACAGAACCCUGAUAACAACACUGUCAGCGGAUCGCCGACACUCAGCACACUGCAUGCUAGCGUUCGGCCGACAGGCAUGCCGCUAAACCAGCAGCCGCACGCAUCGGGAAACAGCGCUGUGCCAGGCAGCAAUGUCGGCAGUGGCGUUGUGACUCCUGGCACGCCCGCGUCUGGUGGGAAUAUCGGUGUCCGGCCGCCUGGUGGCAUGGCAUCAGCAUCAGCAUCGACAUCAGCGGUGGCGUCUCCGCAUGGAAAGCAGCUGGCACUUCCCCGGCCCAAUCGGCCCGUGCGACCGGUAGCCCGGCCACCGGCAGCGCGCACGCCUUCGGGAACCCGGACUCCGGGAACACCCACAGGCGGACCACGGCCGCGACCAUCAACACCUGUGAACGCGCAGCAGCAGCCGCGCCGGCCCCCGCCCUCAGCGCCCAGCAGCUCUGCAAAGGGUGGGACAACCCCCGCGCCAUCGACCCCUGCAUCGCGCGCCAGCACGCCAAACUCGCCCGCGGCAAAAUCCGGGCCAGUGCGCGCCCACCCUUUGCCUCUCGCUGCUGCCGCUACGAUGUCGUCUGCCUCUGCUGUCUCUGUGGUGCAGACACCAAGGUCUGGGCAACUGGUGUCCACUGAGUCUACUCCGGCACCUCACAAUCGGUCUGGCUCGCCGGUGGCUGCGAGCGCUACGCCGGUUUCUCCGUCCACAGUUGCCGAGUCUUCGCAGGCUGAGGGAUCUGUGGGCAGCCAGUCUUCGCAGAAAUGAAUGCCAGCCUCUUUUUUCUUCAAAAUGUAAUAAAAAUA